UGAACCUAGAGGAGGGAAAGCAUGCUGUACCGCUAGCCCUAGACCAAGACACGAGACGCUGAUAGUGGCAGCUGCGUGCGGUGUUGGGGGCUAGAGCAUCUAGCAUAGCUCGCCACGUGCGCGUUGCACGAAAGCUUUUCAUUAGCGCCGGUGUAGUCCAGAAGUCGAUCCUUGCACUGGCAAACGCCUCUUGAAUGCAGGCCAAACCUCUAGGUCUCCUUAUCAAGGCGAUCAGGGGAAUGUGCGAUAAAGCCGGAUGUUUAAAUUGUGACUGUACAUUUCUCCCCAGCGACCCACCUUGGAAGAGAUGAAUGGGAGCCGCGCGCGGGAAAAUUAUAUUAGGCAAUCACUACCUAAUUGGGUGUGGGGCGGCGGCCAGCUUCGAAAUUACCCUGUUAUAACAGUCAUUUGUCGCCAAGUCCCCGACUACCGCCUUACUCCCCCCAGCCAUAUGCCAUGUCACAGGCUACUCUGCCAAUCCAAUUCCGUCGCCGAGCUGUUCAAGCACUAUCGCCUGGAUGGUUGGGACGAAGCAGCAUACGAGCGCGAAUAUGAGAAGGAAUUGGCCCAGGAGUGUGGUACCUGCACGUUUGGGCAACCUGUGAACGAUGAUGGAGUCUCCUUCACCAGCGGAUCGCCCGAUUAUCUUCAUCCCGCACUCUGGACCCCAAUGUCAGGGUUCAGCUCGGUCGGAGUAGAUUUCAUCAGGGGUGAAGAGACACGCAGUCUUCACAAUUUUCAUAUCCUACCUUCCAUCCCCUCGAACACAAAUGCCGCUAGAGAAGGACUCCCGAGCGAUCGUUGUGGGCUGCCUCGAAGGGCUAGCGAUAUUGCUUUGUAUCCGAGUGCAACAAAUAAACCCAAAUUCCCCCCAUCCGCGCUAAAUAAUUUGUUACGGACCGAUUUCCACCCAAUCCCCAUAUCCCCCACUCCACUGCACUUACGCCCUAAGCAUUCCUUCACUGUUGAAAUCUGCAUGGGCGCAAAUGCACCCCUCCUCACUCUCCCUCUUUCCUGCUCCUCCUAGUAAUAGUUGUACCUAUUUUCACAGACAAUCCAUUCAGCUAGUCGGGCAACAGCCUCGCAUCUUCACAUCUCUGCCCCGGCAACCGCUGGCAAAAAUCCAGAUCGAGCCCUACCGAUCUGCAACAACGCUGUUGAUGAUGAUAUCUCUAACCUCUAGUCUCGUUGCUGUGGAUUUCGUCUAAGUUACGAUAGGCUUGAAUGUUUUCUUGGGGGUGCAAUGGAGUGCGCUCGUUGUGUGAACCUGGAACUUUGGAAGUUCGCAUGAUGUGACCCUCAUAGACU